AUGGACCCCCCCGGCCAAGCGUCGCUCGUCGAAAUAGCCUAUCGCGCUCCUCACGCCUUCCAUGUCCACCGGGUGCAGUUCGCGGCUUGGCUGGAGCACUGGUGCGUGUUCGAGACCGACCGGGUGGACAUGACGUUGGACUACCAAGUGCGCAACAAGCUCGAGGUGCAGAGUGAGCUGUACAGCGGAUUGCGGUUGAUGCUGUUGAAGAUUUUGUCUUGUUUCAUAUGUGAAGGUUUUGGAAGAGAGGAGGGUUGUGCUAAUUGCGGCAUGGGCUCAGAUCGGUUAAAGUUGAGGAAGGCCUUGAAAGUCGUUGAGACUGUUGAGGCUUUGGAGGUUGCUGUUAUUGGUGCUGCCGUCGCUGCUAUGAGAGCAGAUGAGGGAGAUAGUAACAGUGGCAGCGGAGGUGGCAGCGGUGUAACUGGCUGGUGUUCUUCCGAUUCAUCAGAGGCAGCCGACCUGGACGCCGAGUUCGCCGAAGCGCCGCGUCACAGGGACUGCGAGGACCCGUUCACCAACCUCCUGAAGUUCUGCCGCUACGACCUGUGGCAUGCGAUCCGGACGCUGGACCGGAACACGACUCUCUUCGCCCAGUCCAGCAUGUAUGCGCCGAGUGACCUGCUGGUCCACCACCCCAACUACAUCAUCUGCGACGAAUGGGAUCGGGACGUCACCGAAAGGUUCGAGGCGAUGGUCUGCCGCGCUCUCCGCUACCGCUGCAAGGUUCAUAACAAGGUGCUCCAGGCCCGACUGGCGAAGAUGGUCUCAGAUCGUCGCAGGGCGUUGAACUAUCACAGUCGCUCCCAGGAUGACUCCCCCAUGCACAUCCCCAGGCAGAACCUGAACCCCGUCACCUUCGUAUUGGCCAUGCGGGACGCAGCGCAGGAAGAGCACCCCCCUCCUCCCCCUCUCGCCCCGGGCCAGGAAGAGUUCGCGUGUCCGUACUGCCGCUACAAGCUGCCAGCAGCUCGAUACGCCUCGCAUGAUGCAUGGAGAAAACACGUGCUCACCGACCUCGAGCCCUACAUAUGCAUCUUCGACGCCUGCACCGAGGAAACCAACACCUUCCGCACCCUGCAGCAAUGGCUCUACCACAUGGAAGUCCACCACUCAUCGACCUGGAUCUGCCGCGUGCCCCGCUGCCGCAACCGCACCUUUUACCGACAAAUCGCCUUCGAACAACACGGCAUCAACGCCCACGGCUACACCUCCGAAUCCCUGAAAACCAUCUGCCACGAGUCCCGCCGCCCCUACCCAGCCAUCUUCCACCGCUGUCCCUUCUGCGGCCCGCGGCCCGACCAAGACCCCCCACGCGACGACGACGCCUACCUCGGCAACGCGGCCGCCCACCACGCCGCCCACCGACUGUACCAUCACGUCGCCCGCCACCUGGAGGAGUUCGCCCUCCUGGCCAUUCCUUACGCCCCGAGUGAGCCUGUCGUCUACCCUACACCUCCCGCCGGCGGCGGCGGCGGCGGCGGCGGUGGUGGUGCUGGUGGUGCUGGUGGUGGCAGAUACAGCCGCCACAUCCUGCCCAUCCCGCGGGUGGAGGACCACGGCAACUGGGAGUGGAUCUUUGAUGAGCACCUACCCGCGUACAUGUACCGCCGCGACGUGUAUCCGGGCUCGUCGCGGUCGUCGGUGUCGGCGGCGUCGACGCCGUAUUAUCGGCCCUCGACGCCCGUGGACGGCCCGGAUAUCUCGGAGUUGGUGGAUGUGGUGGAGAGUGAGGAUGCGGAGUUGUUUGAGGGGGACGAGGAUGGGGUUUUGGAGGGGUUUGAUGAGUUUCUUGCUGGGGUUGCGGGGGCGCGUGGGCUGACUGGAGGGAGCGGAGAGAGUUGA